UUUCGAACAGCUAGCGAAGGCCAUGACAAGCAUGUUGCAUGGCAAAACACGAAACAAAUCCAUCGCUCCUCUCCCUUUCCGCGCAUAUAUCUCUUACUAUUACCGGGUCCGAAGGGAAUAUACUCGAAUAUACACCCAAAGGGCCCACCAACGCACAUAUCUUCAUAGUCAAGAGCAGUCUAGACGCAUCAACACGUUGUGAACAAUGUCCACUCUAAGCCGUAGACCCUCGCAGCUCCGCUCAAAUAGUGACACGGACAACAAUAAACGUUCGUCAAUACAAGCGGCAACUACCGCCGGAGAUGAGAGCUCAAACCAAUUGGUGCAAGCGGUCGACGAGUUGCUAGACCAACUACAGAAUAAAUUCGACAAAGUCUCAAAGGAGAUCUUUGGAAAAUUGGAUGAUAUGGCACGAAGACUCGACCAACUCGAAGCCGCUCUCGCUAGUUCCCCUGAAGCAAACACGACGAACUGAUACGCCCCUCCAUUCAUAAAAAAUGGUGGUUUUGCCUCAUUUCUCUCUUUCCCAAAGCAUACAACGACUUGAUUUCCGAUUCUUCCUUUUUCAUCUGGAUUCACAGCACUAUACAGCAUAUGUAUGAUAAGCUCAGGAAUUCCCAAAUCUCUGCAUUUUUUGCGCACAUACGGACCCCCCAACAGCCGAAGCUGAAUAACCCACAGAACCACAUCCUUGGCCAAAGUUAACUCUCCGUCGAAAGUCAGGAGAGAGCGGCGGUAUCAUAUGCAAGAUAUUGGCGUUGUCGGACCUUUUAUUUUAUAUUCUAUGUUUGCUGAUCAAUUGAGCUGUUUCUGUUGUCUAGUACAAGACUGAACGGUCGCAGAAGCUCUAUCGUCUUCUAAGUCCUGUUUCUGAAAUGAUAUUGUAAUCCCUCUUUGUAUUUUAUUUUGUUUUCCUUUUUAUAUUAUAUGUAUUUAUUUUAUGUUUUCGCAGCCUGGAAGCUUGUUGGUUCUUUUGUCAUACCCCCUUUUAAAAAAAAUUAGGUCCUAGAAAGCUUUAUAUUUCCUCUCUUGGAUUUAUUAAAGAUACCCAGUCGAUUCUAUACAUUAUUUUCAUGGGAAAUUGAAUGUGUCCAAGGAAUGAAAUGAACAGCAAAAACUGAAAUCUAUCAAUUAUACACAAUGCAAGGCAUAAAUCAUACACUACAUAUUUGCCUUUCUAGGGGAUAAUCUCGUUCACCAUCACCCUUGAACCCAUCGGCCA